UCUAUGUAAUAAUGUGAUACAAUUCUUCCCCUGUGUCGAAUGGCGAGUCGUGUUUCUCUGCUGUUAUCUUUGAACCAAGGUCGAGCAGGGUUUUGCGUAAAUACUAAAUAGUGAGAGAGAGGUGCUCCGUGCUUGCGUCAUAAUGUACACAGACCAAGAUGACCCUCUUGAGACAUGCCCUUAUGAGAAGGCUCAUCAGAUACGAAGGUCUAGAAUGCAGAUACAUAUAGUAAAAUGCCGCAGAAAUCAUCCCAUGGCAGAAAUGCUGAUCUGCCCAUUUAAUGCUACUCAUGUUGUUCCUGUGCCUGAUUACCAGUUUCAUCUGAUAACUUGUCCCAGCAAGAAAAUAAUUGAGCAGCAAUUUUAUCGUCUUACGGAUGAGGCAGACUCGGGUGAAAUAAAAGCAGCUCCAUUUGAUGUGCCAGAAAUUGACUGUGAAGAGAACUGGGACACACAAGUUGGUGCAGGAUAUGAUCCCAGUCUGAAGGCAGGACCAGCUCCAAUUUUUGUAGCAAAGCAGGGAGCAACAAAAUCUGAAGCAAAGGAAUUCAGAAAGCAGCAACGCAUGCGGUUGCAAGAGGAAUUAGCUCAACAUAGCGAUUCAAGACCAUCAUCUUCAGCAAGCACAAAAACACCCUCUAAAUGUAGUUCACAUGCUUCAAUUGCAAGUGAUAGUACAAUCCGUCCACGUGAACCGAAAACUCGUUCUCUGGCACUCCAGGGAGUUCUUUCGAACCGGUCAAAAGACAUCUCAACCUCAUCUGCUCAACAAGAUAUACCAGAUGAAGUAGUGGCCUCAAUGGGAGGACUUUCAUUGGGUCGACCGCUUGGUCGUGGUAGUGCAUUGAUAAAAAGGACUGUGUAAAAUUAAAAAGUUACCAAUGUUCUGUCAGCUCAGAAAAUUCGAAGUCUUGUGUUGUAAAUAUAAAUGGAUCAGAGUGCAGUAGGGUUCUAGCUCUGAUGAGACCUUGCAUAUGCUGGAAAUAUUAUUUGAACUUGACACAUAGUUACAUAAAGAAUUAACUCUUUUUCUUGUAACUUGAAUUUCAAAGGCAAUUACGCCAAAUGAAAUUACAAAAAGUUUUAAGUCACUUCUACUUACUUGUGGAGAGGAAUUUCUGAGAUAUUUUUUAUUAUUUAUGUCAUGUGCAAUUUAGAACAGUGUAUAUUUCAUUAAUGGGAAAUAUAAUUUUAAUUAUAUAUUGGAAGUAAUAUCAAGUAAUUUUAUCUUUUUAUUACUUUGCAAAUACAUGCGCGCACACACACACAUUUCCAGGAUGUAAGAUAACAUAAUUAAUGUUCUGUUUUCAGUAGUGGUACACCUCUGUUCUGUCUCCUUCAUCUCACAUCGUGCAUAAUAUUUUUUGUGUGCUUCAAUUCCACUAGUACUAUCCCGGUGAUGAAAUGUGUGAAAAUGUUCCAAUUUCUCGGUGAAAUGAGGGAGAUACUGUAAUUGUUUCCUCACAGUUGUUGGCACACAUUGUAAUGGAUUUAUAUAAAUGAGGUGUGGUUGUGUAAAGGGAUAUAUAAUGAGGAAUGUACUUAAGUUGUCACAUUUGUCGUAGAUAGCAAACUGAUGUUCAGUGAAAGAAUUGUUAGCUGAAACAGGAAGGAAAUGACUUUAAUUGCUGAUAAGUAAUUGAAUGUGAGCUGUAGGAGAGAAAAUAAAUGAAGACACUUCAUGUUUUCUACAAUGUGUGUUCAGGUAACAUGGCUACUAAAAAUUUAGCCAAGAAUCCAUAUUUAGCUCUUUUUUUUGGGGGGGGGGGGCACUUUAAAACAAUAUUUCUGUAUCAUUGUAAUUGAUGUUAUUGUGUUUAGAAUAACCAUUAAAAUUAUAAAAAUCA